AUGACAGGACGUUUGUGCGCACCGUGUACCAAACUCGUGGUCGAAAAGAACGCACCUGGAAGUUUGAAAGCUGCCGCAGACAGCAGAAUAGAACACCACCAGAAUCUCGCGGAGCUUCGAUCAUGCGCUAAAAGUCAAGGCCGGUGCUUAAUCUGCCCCAUAUUAUGGGAGAGCGUUCAACAACAGUGUCCAGCCGACACCGUUAAGCACUAUUUAAACGAUUGGAAUACCGAUGCUGCAUUACGCCGCUCGAAGGUGUUUGUUAGAGUUGUUCUCUCGGAACGAGUACAAGACAACGUUGGGGUCUUGUCUUCUUCUCUGAAAGAAUCCAACAUAGGCCCUGAAAUCUUUAUUGAUGUAGAUGAUGACCCAAAGCCCAGUCUUUUCGCCAAUCCGGCGAGAAAGACUCUUGGGCGUGUUAACAUUUUUGGGCGCCUUGGCUCCCCUGCUGCGACCGACUUGGGAGGUAAAUACGCAAGAGAAUCCGGCCAAAUUAAUAGGCGCAGUGAAGUUGUAGCGAUCACAAGCGAUUGGCUUCACAGAUGUAACAUCUCCCACCACCGCUGUGGUCGGAAGCAGCCGAGACCUUUUCCCACAAGGCUGCUGUACAUAGGAGCAAAGUCUCCAGGACUUGACGCGAACGUCAGGGUCGUCGAGUCUCAGCCCAACCAGACCGGUCUGUACGCAGCGCUCUCGUACAAUUGGGGUACUUCGAGCCAUAAAAUGCUGAAGUUGAAGAAAGCGACCCAUGCAGAGUUCCAGAAGAAAAUCAUAUUUUCGAAACUAAUCCGGAGUCAUCGGGAAGGUAUACAGGUUGCGCGAGAGCUUCAGUACGAGUACAUCUGGAUUGAUGGACUAUGCAUUAUUCAGGAUGACAAUGACGACUGGGCAACACAAUCAGUAAACAUUUGCCAAAUUUACGGUAAUGCUGAUCUGACGAUCGUGGCCGGCAGGGGCAAAGAUGCUGAAUCGGGAUUCCUCGAGCCCAAGUACAAGCCCAUGGUUCAAGAAGCCCAGCUUCCAUAUAGGUCACCUGGAAAACAGGACAGUGAAUUCGGGAUCUCUCUGCCACGUAACUACGACAUAGGUCCAACCGACGAGCGCGCAUGGUGCUAUCAAGAGUCUUUAAUGGGACGACGUAUGAUCAUCUAUGGCGAGCAGCAGCUCAGUUUCCGCUGUCGCGAACGCGUCGAAUACGAAGACGGGCGCUGCCAAUUGAUUCAAGAGGCGGACGGCUGGUACAACCUUUCGUUCCUCAUACAGUACCCCCCCUUAAAGAUCCGGGGCUGA